AUGCUAAGGGCUGAAUGUCGUCUGGAGAGCAGCAAGACCGGCUUGUUGGAAACCACGACCGGUGUCCCAUCCGGCCCUGGGGAGCUCGUGGAGAGUGUGACGGCUACGACGAAGGAAGAAUGCAAAGCCCAUAGUGGCGCGUUUCCCCCUGAAACGGAGCCACUGCUCACGGAAGAACAUGCCUCCCCUCUGAUGAACACUGCUGAGCACCUGCAUGACAUCUCUGGUUACUCUACAGAAGACCUGGGCCUACAAAAAGGACAGGAGAGCAAUGUAUGGGGUGUGGAUACCUUGGCAAGCAUUUCUCCUCCUAGUGCUGGGCAGGAAGAGCAGAAGGAAGACCAGCGGGGUCAGAUUGCUGAGGGUCAGGAUUCUGUUGAUCACGAGGAGUGGGAAGUUAUCCCAGAGCACUCGGUCUGGGGAGAUGCUAGUAAGAACAGCAGUACAGAUGAGCCUGGCAUCGCGCUGAGUCAAGAGGACAAGGAACUGGAACCAGUAGAUUGCCUUGAUGGGGAUGCAAAAGCAAAGAGGGUUGCGGCUGUGCCCCCAAUGCCUCAGAACAUCCACGUGACCUUCUGUGUGCACUACAUCACCCACUCGGAAGGCCAGCUGAUCGCGGUCACUGGUGACCAUGAGUGUCUUGGUCAGUGGCACAGCUACUUGCCACUCAAGUGUGAUAAAGAUGGCUUCUGGUCUGACUCGGUUGUUUUGCCGGUAGAUACUAGAAUAGAGUGGAAGUUCAUCCUGGUGGAGGAUGGGAAGGUCAGACGCUGGGAAGAAUGUGAUAACAGAGUCAUGGUGACUGAACAUGAAGACGGAAUGGCCCAUCAGUGGUGGGGAUAUCACUAAUGAGCAUCUUGGAAGCUGCUGACCUAGCUAAUAUUUCCAUUUUUCAGUAGAAGAUUGUCCGGAUUGUAGGCCUCUUAAUAUUUAUAAUGUACCAAGCUCUUUUAGAACUGCUUAAGCCCCACACAUCUCUGCUCAAAUUCCCUUUUAGGAAGGGUUCUGUAUGGGAGGAAAUUCUUAAGAAAUAGAACCCAAAGCACUUCAGCAAAAGCUGGCAGGUAGGCUAUGCAGGACUUCAGACUGCUGUCUGUGCAACACUCAGUCUGGACCCUAAACUUGCGUUUGUGUGUCUGUGUGAGUGGAGCAAUAGGAGUGCAUUUGUUUGGUUGAACUGACUGAAUGAAGGAGAAGAUAUCUAGUUAACUACACUAAUUAUAGUGCAAGUGGGUUUUUUGUUUGUUUGGGUGUUGUGGUUUUUUUAAUUAUUGUAAUGUGCAAGUGAGCAAUAAACUAUAUUUUCAGACUUAA